AUGGGAACAUCAACUGCCAAUGUUGUUGAGAUUCUUGCCUUGCUCAUUCUGCUUCAAAGCGUUUCCUCCAUCUGCAAUGGAGAUAAUUUCAAUGGAAGCUGUAUCAAGACUGAAAGAGAAGCUCUUGUGAAGUUCAAGUCAAGCCUCCUCAACAAUUCAAACUCGUUGCCUUCAUGGGUGGGGGAUGAUUGCUGCAGAUGGCACGGAGUCACUUGCGAUGACAUAACCGGUCAUGUAGUUAAGCUCGUUCUUUCUCGGGCGUCUGAGCUCGUUCUUUCUCAGGCGUCCAUCAUGGGAAACAUUUCCCUUCAUCUUGGAAAUCUUUCAAAAUUGCAGAAUCUUGAUCUCAGUUUGAAUCCUUCAUUGGCAAUCAACAGCCUCCAUUUUCCAUCUUCUUUGAAAUACUUGAACUUGUCGUUUGUGCUCCUGGACAAGUGUGACAAUUGGUUGCAGUCAAUAAACAUGCUUCCUUCUUUACUAGAAUUAGAAUUGUGGAAUUGUGAGCUUUCCAUCAUUGGUGAUGUUUCACAUGUCAAUUUUACAUCUCUUGAGGUUCUCAGACUUGAUUGGAACAACUUCCAUUCCACAAUCCCUAGCUGGUUAUAUAAUAUUACCAAACUUCAAAAUCUUGAUCUGUAUUCUAGUGCUUUCCGAGGGUCUCUUUCAACUGAUAUCAGUAAUCUUAAUUCUCUUGCUUAUGUUAAUGUGGGUGUUAAUUCUUUGGAAGGCAACAUGCCCAACACGUUGAACAGGCUUUGCAAUUUGAUUGAGCUAGACUUGGGUAACAACAAGUUCAGCGGUGAGAUUUCUGGAACUUUUGGCAACUCAUCCACUUGCAUCAAGAACAGUUUAGAGAAUCUGUCUCUUUUAAACAAUUCCUUUUCUGGUAGUAUUCCAGAUAAUUUUGGACAAUUUAAACGCCUGAAAGUUCUUUAUCUUUCUGAAAACUCUUUCUGGGGUUCAAUCCCUGUAUCCAUUGGACAGCUUUACAACCUUGAAAGACUAAGUUUCAGACAGAAUUCAUUGCAUGGGGAGGUUUCUGAACUUCACUUGUUAAACAUGAGAAGCUUGAUUGAGUUGAGUAUGGAUGGGAAUGAUAGACCUCAAAGGACUAAGAGAGUGCCCAAGAAAUAUUUAAGUUGA